AUGUAUUUACUUGCCGAAACUUUCCAUAAAAAAGCAAACGUGAUACUGGGGCCAAUUAUAUUUGUAGGAGCUAAGCUGAGAUCUUUUUUGGCACUGUUACUGAAAUUCAACCCGAAAAUCGGCAGAACCUGCACCUUGACCAUCUUGAGUGCUUCGGCUCCCAAUCUCAACCUUCAUAGCAAUUCCAGCAAUUCAAGGAAUUUGCAUUCGGCGUUACUUGUUGAUUUCGAAUAUUUUCUCUCGGACUUCCCGUAUCUGGUCAUCAUAGCUUCGUCUUCACCGAAAUUUUUUCAUCAACAGGCAAAGGUCGCAGCCUCGGUGAACGUGCGAAAUAGCAUACAAAAUUCCGGUUAG